CUAGGCGGUGGCCGAAUGGAGAGGAAGAGCGCGGUGGCCGGGGCCAAGGGGAACCCGAGUCCUCCCUCGGCGGGAGAGGGGCAGCGGUCGCAGCCGCCUCUGUGCGCCCCGGGCGGCGGCAGCGGGGCCCCAGCGCCGGGCCAGGCUGGGGCGGCGGCCGAGCCCGCCGAGCUCAUUCGGCGUGCCCACGAGUUCAAGAGCCAAGGGGCCCAGUGUUACAAGGACAAGAAAUUCCGCGAAGCCAUAGGCAAAUACCACCGCGCGUUGCUGGAGCUGAAGGGACUGCUGCCGCUGCCCGGGGAACGGGAGCGGGACUCGCGCGCAGCCUCCCUGAGCGGAGCCCCCAAAGCCGGCUGCCUCUCGGAGGAGCAGAGCAAGACGGUGGAAGCCAUCGAGAUCGACUGCUACAACAGCCUGGCAGCCUGCCUGCUCCAGGCUGAGCUGGUGAACUACGAGCGAGUCAAGGAGUAUUGCCUCAAAGUCCUGAAGAAGGAAGGGGAGAACUUCAAGGCCCUUUACCGGUCUGGUGUGGCCUUCUACCACCUUGGAGACUAUGACAAAGCACUCUACUACCUGAAGGAAGCAAAGAUCCGACAGCCAACAGACACCAACGUGAUUCGAUAUAUCCAGCUGACAGAAAUGAAGCUCAGCAGAUGCUCCCAGAGAGAGAAAGAAGCCAUGUAACCAGAAGCCUCUCCAGAGCU